AUGGCGCCACCACAAGCAAACUUCGGCACGCUACAGGCAGAACUGGAGUAUUGCAAACAUGCAGAUACAUCAAUAUGUGUCCGGAAUGACGUUACCAAAAAGGGUGAUCGACUCUGUAGAAGCUGCCAAGAUUCUCACCCCAUAUCUUCCUUGACGGCAAUAGAGGAGCUCUUGCAUAUGCAAUUUCCGGAUGCUCACCCCAAUCAGCAGCAACCUGACUACGAUGAAGAACACGCCAAAAGAGAUCGCCCUGACUACUUUGCCCUCUGGAAAGCGCGAGACAAGAACGACCAAGACUUGUGCGCAUGGGUACAGAUUGCUUUUGCAAAGGCCGCAGGAGGUGAGCUUCCAGAGAAGACUGAAGAAGAGCCGACAUAUUCCAAGUUUGUCAUGCUUAUGAAGCACGCAAGAGCUGCGAAGAAUGAGGUGGCACAGACGACAAUUCCUAACAUCAGUGUGUCCAACACCCCCUGUGGACGUGCGGACGGCCCAGAUCAGAUCUGUGAUAACUGCGCAAAGGCGGUGAGGGACCAUGGUAGUGCGACGUUAAAGGCGAUGUUUCAGGCGGAUGGGAUGACUAUCAUACCUAGUGCUGUCCGGGCGGCGGGUGAUGUACGCAUACUCUGGAGCGAAGAGUGA